AUGCCGCCACGAGGAAACGAAGGGCUGGACUUUACGCCCAUAUUGACCCAUUAUCUCUUUCUCUUUACCUCCAUUCUCGCCGUCGUCGGCUGGUUCGUCGCGUUCAUUGGCCAGAUUGUAACAACAGCGGACUUUGGCCGCGGUCCUGUUGGCGUAUUAUGGUUCGCCAUCUUUCUCCAGUUGGCCCUCAUCCUAGGCGUGCUCUACACCCUUGCGAGUGACUCCAUUGCCAUGAACCGCAUGCAAAUAGCCGUCUUCGGCGCUGUAGCCAUUGUUUUCGCCGUCGAGGGUGUGAAUCAGAGCAUCUUUGCUGGAACAGCUGGUCAAGGCGCUCAGGGAGCAGGCUGGCUCAUUCUCGCCAUCGUCGACAUCCUCUGGGUGCUCUACUUCACUGCCGAGGAGGACUCGCUCACCCUCCACGUCUUCAACAUGCUCGGCACGGGUGGUCUCACGCCUCCCUCGCGUAGGCGACGUCGCGCACAGAGCGUCCACAACAUGGGCAUCAGCUCUGCCAAUGGUUACGGUGCCGCGGGAACAGGCUAUGCAAGUCCCGUGGCGCCGCAGGGGGGAGGAAUCAACAUGGGGACGUACGAUAAUAAGAUGUCGACUGGCUCGUUUGGGGCGGCUGGUCCGGUGCGCUCGCAAGGAUCAUUCAAUACCAAUACGGAUGGCGGCGCAGCACGCUCGAUCAACGCGCCCGCACAAGGCAGUACACCUGGGCUUGCCCCAACUAUGUUGCCAGCAGACAUGAGCGGUGGAGUUAACAGUCCCCUCAUGACUCCUGGUAACGCCGGUGUCGGCGCGGGUGGAGGGCCUGGCACAUUGCCUGAGGAUACUAGCUCUGGGGUCGCCGCUUCAGAACAAACGUACAAAGCGAAGGCACUCUAUGCCUAUACCGCAUCAGCUGACGAUCCGAACGAGAUUUCCUUCGCGAAAGGCGAGAUACUCGAUAUCAUCGACAAGCAGGGCAAGUGGUGGCAAGCCCGGAGGUCGGAUGGCACUCUCGGUAUUGCGCCAUCAAAUUACUUGCAAAUAGUGUAG